AUGUCCAUUCCUGUGAAUCACUUAGGAACAACUAAUAUUGUGUUGGCUACUGAUAAUCCACGACAAUCUUCCACUUGUUUGGAAUCAGUUUCUGUUAAUGAUAAAACUGAAGUACAUGUUGGAAGUCUUGGUUUAGGAACAGCUUUAGCCGUUGCUUAUGAUCUAUGCAAUGAUACUGGAAUUGUGAAUCAAUUCAAUACCAAUGCUAAUUUAUGUGCCUCAAAUUCUCAACUAGCUAAUUUUCUUUCAUUAUCUGCAAUCAAAUCACCAACUUCACAAUUUUCAACUCAUUGUCGUGGUACAUCUUUAUCUGAUCAACAUACAUAUAAUAUUUAUUCUAAUUAUUUUACUAAUAAUUCAUUAUGGACAUUACAACAUUCUGACAGUUACUUAACUCCUAUUUCAUCUGCAUCUACAAUAUUUGAUAGUUCUAAUUCAAUAAAAUCACCCACGAAUGAUAAUGAUCAUUCUAAAUCUAUUUCUUCCACUUGUGAUUUCUCAAAUAAAAGUAAUUAUUUACCCCAUGUCACUCAUGCUAGUAGUGUACGCCAACCAAAUGAUGUAGUUUGUACAAUUGGAAAUAUGAUUGAUGGUCCUUAUGAUAAUAAUAAUAAUAAUCACAAUAAUAUUGAUACUAGUUCACAUGUUUCUAAUUUACCUCCUGUAUCGAAUGGACAGAAGAUUAAUCUAAAUAAUGCAGAUAAUGAAUGUAUAAGUAUUAAUCAAGGAAUUACAUCAAAUAAUUAUGACAAUAAAAAUAUUGUUUUGAAAGAAACCACAGAUACAAAUCAUGUUACUUCAUCAUCUGCUACUUCUAUUGAUGACAGUUUAUAUCAAUUAUCUGAGGAAGAAAUGAAAGAAAUAGAUACAUCACUUACAACAAACGCCGAUCUCAUGGCUAGUCGUCAAUGGAAAUAUUAUAUUGAGACAAAUGAAUGGACACGUGCUACAUGUGCAUUAAUGGCAUGUUUAUUUACUAGAGAUCAAAUGGCUAAUUCAACUGUUUUAGGUCGUGGCGGUUCACAACGUGCUCGUCUUCCAAGUAAUUUAGUUGCCUAUGUUGUCACUACAAUUCGUCGACGAUUCAAUAAGCCAGCAGCAGCUGUACGGGCUCGUAUGGCACAGAAAUGUAAAGAUGAACGACGUUUUGGUCGUAUACCUAAUUCCAAUAUAAAUUCAUGUAUAGAUGGUAAUUCUGAUUGUAAUAAUACACCAUCACCAGUUGCUGCUAUUUCAUCUAGUCGAUCAGGUACAAGAAAAAGUCGUAAACGACCAGCUAAUUCAACUUCAACAUCUUCAUCUCAUUCAUUAAAUGGUAUAAAACAAUCAUGUACAACAAAUUAUAAUAUUUAUCAAAUGAAUAUUAUCAAUGAUGAUGGUUGUUCCUCGACAACAGAUUCUAAUCAACUUCCACCAAUCAAUUUAUCACCUAAUGGUAUGAGCUUAAUUGGUAUCGGUGAUGAUGUUAACGGGGAAUUUGAUUCUAUACUACAAACAUCUCUAGAUGAUUCAUUUACAUCAUUAGAUCAUCAAUCUGAUAUUGUAAACUAUUCUCAAGUUUAUCCACUUGUUAAUCAUAUCACAACCAUUCCAUCAUCAACAAUAAAUACAAUGACCAAUGGAAUAAAUAAUAUCAAUGGUUCAUGUAAUCUGUCUAAUUCAUCAUGUAUAUCAAUAUUUUCUAAUGAUCCAUAG